AUGAUCCCGACUGUUCAGAGCCUACUUUUAGCACCUAAUACGGAAAUAAUCGAUGCCCUGGAGACCAGACUUAAAUCACUGUCCAUCACACACUCUGAGACAGAUAAAACAAUCCUGCAACUACAAGCCAGAGAAAUAAAAAGAGAGAAUACUUUUCUGGAGAAUAGAAGCACUUUAGAAAGUAUAUUUGCAGUAAUUGAUGCAGGAGAGAAUCUUGAUCAGUUGAAGAAUUCGAUUGUUCCUAUUUUAGAAUCUGCCCCUUCUUCUAUAAACAGCGUAGAGGUCUUUCGCUUUAUUCUUAAGCAUGGGAUGCGCUCUGAAACUAUAAAUAUAUAGAACAAAAUGAACCAAAGAAGUGCCCUGUUAAAGAACUAGUCAGCACGCAGUACAUAAGCAAAUAAACCCAA